AAUUUCAUUUAUGUCGGUAAAUUAGAUUGUAUUCUUAAUUUCUAACCAAAUUUGGGGUUGUCGAGUGAAAAAAUGUCGCACGCAGUUGAUUUGGAAUUAAAACAGGCUUUCACCGAGUUACAAGCCAAACAACAAAUGACUAAAGAGGUUAUUCAAAAUUGCCAAAGAAACAUCGAAGUUGCUCGAAGGUGCAAGCAAAUAGCCACAUUAACUCACUUGGAGGUGAAGAAUUUAGACGAAAACGUUAAAAUAUAUGAAUCAUUAGGACGUUGCUUUGUAAUGACACCCAGAGAAGAAGUAAUCGAAAACCUUCAAACAAAAAUAGAUGAAUACACAAAAGAAGGUAAACAGGAAACGGAAAAAAUUCAACUUGCAGAAGGGAAAUUAAAGGAGGCUGAAAAUAGUCUUAGGGAAUUGGUUCAACAGAAGAAAACAAGAUCUUAAAAAAUCUUAUUUAUUUAUAACAAUCUUUUAAAUAUCAAAAUUAACUUUAUUCUAAAGCGCUUUCAAAAAGUAGGGGUAAUGAUUCUGGGUUUUCGUCUACAUCUAAAGGUUUAUGUAAAAGCUUAAAUAAACCUGUUCCAAUAGGAGCAGGCAUUCCCAUUAUAAUGUUUUCUGAAACACCAUUAAUUUUAUCAGUUUGACCAUGAUAUGCAGCAUCAAAAAGAUGAUCUGCAGUUUUUUCAAACUAAAAUUAAAAAAUUAUUAAAAUCAAAUACGAAAAUAACAAAAAAAAAAGCAUUACCGAAGCUAAAUUCAAUACUGAUUGUUUCAUUUUGGCUAAACCCUGUCUUGUAAUACCCAAUACUUCUCCAGUAUGCGUCAUUUGAGCCGCCAAUAACAUUAUGUGACGAAAAUCCACACUCAUACCAUGAUUUUCCAUAACAGUUUUAAUUUCAGUCAUUAUAGUUUGUCUACAAAAACAAUAAAAUUAGCUUCUUUUA